AUGGACUCGUUUGAAAUAUUUACACUCCUUGAUAACAUAGCUUCAGCAAUCAAUGAGUUGAUCGAGUAUGGGGCAGGGACAAUUUUGGUCCCAGGAAGCGUACCACUUGGAUGCAUGGGAUCGUAUCUAGCAUUAUUUCAGAGUUCAGACAAGGAAAAACAUGACCCUGUAACUGGUUGUUUAACAUGGGCAAACGAGUUUGGAGAGUACCACAAUGAAUUGCAUCAGAAGGAACUUGAUCGAAUUCCGAAGCUUCACCCCCAUGUCCACAUUAUUUAUGCUGACUAUUACAAUACCGCGAUGCGUUUCUACACUUCCCCAAACAAGUUUGGAUUUACAGAAACUCUGAAGUCAUGCUCCGGAGUGGGAGGUCCAUACGGUUUCAAUUCAUCUUUACGUUGUGGUGACCCACCUCUGAGAACCUGCUGUGAUGACCCUUCUUCUCAUGUAAGCUGGGAUGGUGUACAUUACACAGAAGCAGCCUACAGAUUGCUUUCCAAGGCUAUAUUAGAACAACUAUUCACCAUUCCUAAUAUAAAUAACUUAUGUCUUCCAUUUACUCUUCCUGCUGUUAGCUUUCUCUUUGUCAUAACCAUCGAUACUUCAGAUCAUGUGAAUGGAUGUUUUACAUCGAUUUUCAGCUUUGGUGAUUCCUUCACCGAUAAUGGGAACUUAGUCCACAUUUCACUUUCAGAAUACAGGGAGCUUCCGCACUGUGCUUUUCCUCCACAGGGUAGGGCAUAUUUUGGUCAUCCCACAGGGCGGUGCUCCGAUGGCCGGUUGGUUAUAGAUUUCCUUGCUGAGGGUUUGGGACUUCCCCUUUUACCACCAUAUUUUGGAGGUGAAAAUGGAACAUUACAAAACUUUCCAAAUGGUGUGAAUUUGGCUGUGUCGGGUGUUACAGCACUGGAUUUUUCAUUUUUUGAAGAAAGAGGAGUCCAUAAUCACUUCACAAACUUUUCUUUGAGAGAUGAAGAGUGGUUGUUCAAAGAUGCUUUGCCAUCUCUUUGCCCAUCUUUUUCGGGUUACCGUCUCUUUUGUACUUACCAGUAA